UGUACCGAGAAGCCAAGGGGGAACUCUCACCAGUGAUAUUCUGAGUAUGUGGCAGUGAAGCUUACCAUGGGUGACUGGAACCUGCUGGGCAGCAUCCUAGAAGAGGUCCACAUUCAUUCCACCAUCGUGGGCAAGAUCUGGCUCACCAUCCUCUUCAUUUUUCGCAUGCUGAUCCUGGGAGCCGCCGCCGAGGAUGUAUGGGACGACGAGCAGUCCGAGUUCGUCUGCAACACCGACCAGCCGGGCUGCAAGGCGGUCUGCUAUGACCGCGCAUUCCCCAUCUCCCUCAUCCGCUUCUGGGUCCUGCAGGUCAUCUUCGUGUCUGCGCCCUCGCUGGUCUACAUGGGCCACGCGCUCUACUGCAUCCGGGCGCUGGAGAAGGAGCGCCACAGACGACGCGCCCAGCUGAAGGAGGAGAUGGACGACGCCGAGCUGGCGCUGGACGAACACAAGCGCAUGGAGAGGGAGCUGAGGAGACUGGACGAGCAGAGGAAGGUGAAGAAGGCCCCGCUUCGAGGCUCUCUGUUGAGAACCUACAUCAUUCAUAUCCUGACACGCUCUGUGGUGGAGGUCUGCUUCAUCCUGGGCCAGUAUAUACUCUAUGGAGUCCAACUGGAGCCCCUCUUCAGGUGUGAGAGGCUGCCUUGCCCAAACAGUGUCGACUGUUACAUUUCCAGACCCACGGAGAAGACCAUCUUCAUGGUCUUUAUGAUUGUCAUAGCUGGAGUGUCCCUUUUCCUAAACAUUCUGGAAAUAUCUCACUUAGGCGUCAGGAAAAUCAAACAGACGCUGUUUGGAGAGAGGUACACGGAGGACGACAGUCUAAUUUACAAGACCAAAAAGAAGACAUCUUUACCACAUCUAUGUGUGACGAGCAAUGCGUCGCCGCACAAUGGGCCUUUGACUCAGACCUUCAAAGUGAUUCCAGAGGCAGACAUGAAGCCUCCGCAUUACAACUGUGGGCUGAAAGCCAACCAGGAGGCAACGAGACACAACAGCUUGGCCCAUCUGGGACUCAGCCAGACCAGCUAUAUUGUCCCUCAGCCCAGGAUGCCACCGCGGUGUGGCCAGAGCGAUUCAAUCCAAACCCUCCACACCCCAGAGGUCCACACAGCCAUACUGGACCAUCAUCAGGCCUGGACGUCUACGGAGGGCAAAGCGACAGGCCUCGAGAACACUGACGAGGUCAAACACCCGCCCCCUCACCAGUUGGAAGCCCUGUUGACCAGCAGCGCCUUAAGGCCCAGUGCGAUCCGAGACCGCAGCGAAGACGAGAGAAGGGAGUCGAUGGGGAGCGAGCACCUGAUCCCGAACCCCAGGAAGACCAGCUUCAUGAUCAGGCCUCCAUCGGAGAGCCUGUCCUCCAUGAGCCGCUCCACCAGUCAGUCCUUACACUCGUCCGAGGAGUCGGAUGAACUGGGCUCGUUGCAAGGAGACAUGCCCAUGAUGCCGCCUCCCGGAGGCCGGAGGAUGUCAAUGAGCAUGUUCCUGGAUAUCUCCUCUAUCAUGAAGAAGUGAAGCUAGCGGGCCGUCGGGAGUUGUGCUCCGCGGUCACAAACAGGGGAUGAACUGUAUCAGUGAUCCAGCCAUCAGCAUUGAUCCAGCACUCCGGUCACGUGGGGCUGGCGAAGCCAGAGAGUCGGCCAUGAUGAGGCCAAAGCCUGCCGCGUUCAGGAAGCGAAGCACCUUA